GGCAGGGAGGACUGCAUUGAAAUGUACAUCCGCCUGUACGGGAGGAAGUUCAGCCGGGAGGAUCACGUGCUGUUCAUCAAGCUGCUCUAUGAGUUGGUGACCAUCCCCAGGCUGGAGAUCAGCAUGAUGCAGGGCUUUGCACGGCUGCUCAUCAACCUGCUGAAGAAAAAAGAGCUGCUUUCCAGGGAUGAUUUGGAGUUGCCAUGGAGACCGCUUUACGAAAUGCUGGAGAGGAUAUUGUACUCCAAGACAGAACAUCUGGGAUUAAAUUGGUUUCCCAAUUCUGUAGAAAGUGUCCUGAAAACACUUGUGAAGAGCUGCAGACCAUAUUUCCCAGAAGAUGCCACUGGGGAGAUGCUGGAUGAGUGGAGGCCUUUGAUGUGUCCCUUUGACGUGACCAUGCAGAAGGCAAUCACCUACUUCGAGCUCUUCCUGCCCACCACCCUCCCCCCCGAGCUGCACCACAAGGGCUUCAGGCUUUGGUUUGAUGAAUUUAUAGGCCUUUGGGUGUCAGUUCAAAAUCUUCCCCAGUGGGAAGGGCAUCUAGUGAACCUCUUUGCUCGCUUGGCCACGGACAACAUCGGGUACAUAGACUGGGAUCCGUAUGUACCAAAGAUUUUUACUAGGAUUUUGAGGAGUUUAAAUCUUCCAGUGGGGAGCAAUCAGGUUGUUGUUCCAAGGUUCUUAACAAAUGCUUACGACGUAGGACAUGCAGUCAUGUGGAUCACAGCCAUGAUGGGUGGCCCAAGUAAGCUGGUGCAGAAGCACUUGUCUGGCCUGUUCAACAGCAUUGCCUCUUUCUACCAUCCCUCCAACAACGGGCGCUGGCUGAACAAGCUGAUGAAGCUGCUGCAGAGGCUGCCCAGCGGGGUGGUGAGGAGGCUGCACCGCGAGCGCUACAAGAAGGUGACCUGGCUGACCCCGGUGCCCGAGAGCCACAAGCUCACGGACCAGGACGUGACAGACUUCGUGCAGUGCAUCAUCCAGCCCGUUCUCCUGGCCAUGUUCAGUAAAACUGGGAGCCUGGAGGCUGCCCAGGCCCUGCAGAACCUGGCCCUGAUGCGCCCUGAGUUGGUAAUUCCACCUGUGCUCGAGAGAACAUACCCUGCCCUGGAGACCCUGACAGAGCCCCACCAGCUGACGGCCACCCUGAGCUGUGUCAUUGGGGUGGCUCGGAGCCUGGUGUCCGGGGGCAGGUGGUUCCCCGAGGGUCCCACACACAUGCUACCUCUGCUCAUGAGAGCCCUGCCCGGGGUGGAUCCCAACGACUUCAGCAAGUGUAUGAUCACAUUCCAGUUCAUUGCAACAUUUUCUACUUUGGUGCCUUUAGUAGAUUGUUCCUCUGUAUUGCAAGAGAGAGAUGAUCUUUCAGAGGUGGAAAGAGAACUGUGCUCUGCAUCUGCUGAGUUUGAGGAUUUCGUGCUGCAGUUCAUGGAUAGGUGUUUUGGACUUAUAGAGAGCAGCACACUAGAACAAACCAGAGAGGAGACUGAGACUGAGAAGAUGACUCACCUGGAGAGUCUGGUGGAACUGGGGCUCUCCUCUACUUUCAGUACAAUCCUUACCCAGUGUUCAAAGGACAUCUUUAAGGUUGCCUUGGAGAAGGUUUUUAACUUUGCUGUUUCCAAUAUAUUUGAGACGAGAGUCGCCGGUCGGAUGGUCGCCGACAUGUGCCGAGCUGCAGUAAAAUGCCGCCCCGAGGAGUCCCUGAAGCUCUUUGUGCCCCACUGCUGCAACGUUAUAACUCACCUCACAGUCAAUGAUGAUGUGUUACAUGAUGAAGAACUAGACAAGGAGCUGCUUUGGAAUCUUCAGCUUUUGUCAGAGAUCACCCGUGUGGAUGGAAAGCAACUGCUUGUGUACAGGGAGCAGUUUGGGAAGAUACUGCAGCGCACCCUCCACUUGAACUGUAAGCAGGGUUACAUUCUGUCUUGUAACCUACUGCACCACCUUCUUCGUUCUGCUACACUUAUCUACCCCACAGAGUACUGCAGUGUGCCAGGUGGCUUUGACAAGCCUCUUUCUGAAUACUUUCCUAUCAAGGACUGGGGUAAGCCAGGUGACCUGUGGAACUUGGACAUCCAGUGGCAUGUUCCCUCAUCCGAGGAGAUAAACUUUGCUUUUUAUUUGCUGGAUACUUUCCUGCAGCCUGAGCUCACCAGGCUGGAGCUCUAUGCACUUGGAGAACUGGAGAUGUCCAGAGAUGAUGUGCAGCAGAGUCUUGCCAUUGUGCAUAACUGCCUGAUUGGUUCUGGGAACAUUCUGCCUCCUCUGAAAGGAGAAAGGGUGGCUCAUCUGGUCCCAAGCCUGGUGUCUUUGGAAGAGACAAAACUCUACACUGGUGUUGACUAUGAUUUCUCAAGGGAGAAUUACCGAGAAACAAUCGCAAGGGUUACAAGGAAACUGCUGCGCUACAUUCUUGAUCAUUCAGAAGAUGACACCAAGUCUCUGUUUCUAAUAAUAAAGAUCAUUAGUGAUGUUUUACAGUUCCAGGGGUCUCACAAGCACGAGUUUGAUUCGCGAUGGAAGAGCUUUAAUCUGGUGAAAAAAUCCAUGGAGAACAGGCUUCAAGGAAAGAAACAACAUAUCAGAGCUCUGCUGAUUGACAGGGUUAUGUUGCAGCAUGAGCUGAGAACACUAACGAUGGAAGGCUGUGAAUAUAAAACUUCCCACCAGGAGAUGAUCAGGGAUCUUCUGUGUUUGUCCACGAGUUCCUAUGGUCAGGUCAGGAGUAAAGCUCAGCAGGCAUUCUUCACAGCUCUGGGGACCUACAACUUCUGCUGCAGAGACAUCAUUCCCUUGGUCCUGGAGUUCCUGCGUCCCGACCGGCAGGAUGUCACCCAAAAGCAAUUUAAAGGUGCCUUAUAUUGUCUCCUUGGAAAUCACAGCGGGGUGUGCCUGGCAAACCUCCACGACUGGGAUUGCAUUGCACAGACCUGGCCAGCCAUUGUCUCCUCUGGGCUUAGCAAAGCCAUGUCCUUGGAAAAACCAUCCAUAGUCAGACUCUUUGAUGACCUGGCAGAGAAAAUCCAUCGGCAGUACGAGACCAUUGGGCUGGAUUUUGCAGUCCCAGAGAAAUGCAUGGAGGCAGCUGUCCUGCUGCAAAAGUCAGCUCAUCCAGAAUCAGACUUCACAGGUCUUGGUUCAGAGGAAAUCCAGCUGGGAAUUCAGCGACAGAAGGAGAAGAGCGCUGAGGCUCUGCGGAACUACGAGAACUUGGUCAACAUGCUGCUGGACUGUGUGGAACAGAGGAACCUGCCCUGGAAGUUCGAGCACAUCAGCAUUGGCUUCCUGUCCCUGCUGCUGAGGGACGACCGGCCCCUGCCCGCCCGGGCCAUCAGGUUCUUCGUGCAGUGUCUCAACCACGAUGCCAUCGUGGUCAGGAAGGUGGCCAUCUCAGCUGUGGCUGGGAUUCUCAAGCAGCUCAAGAGAACACACAAGAAAGUGCCCAUCUGCCCUUACGAAAUAAGUGGGAGCCCAAAGCCUUCCAGGAUCCAGGCUGGGGACAGACCCGACAACCAGUGGCUGCACUACAACAGCCAGAGCUUGCCAAAGACCAAGGAAGCUUGGGAAUCCUGUUGUUUUGUGGAGAAAACACACUGGGGGUAUUACACCUGGCCACAGUGAGUACCAUCAGAGCUGGGAGAGCCUGCAGGAAAAACCCUCUGGGAAAUUAAAUGAUGGUUUACUAGGAUAUUUAAUUUUUUUAAUUGAACCACAAAAAAAUACUGUAUAUUUUGUCCUAUUUGCUGCUUGCUUGUUUGUAAUAAUUCUGUUGUGGGGCAAAACCUUUGGUAACAAACUUCAUUCUUUUGUCGUAAAUUGUCUUGGAAAUUUUGAUCUUCUGGGGCUGAGUUAUCCCCCAACUCCAAAAUAUUUAUCACCCUGUUAAUUGA